AAGUGAAGCGCUUUGAAGUUCCGCGAGGAUUUCGCUCCUGACAGGCAUGAGCGCUCGCGCGGUAUCACUCCGGAGUGUUUUUCCACGUGCUGCGGGCUUCACUCUCCGACUGCCGCAGCUGGAUUCACACAGAUAGAGCCAUGCGCCACGCAAUCCACGCAACUUUCUGCGCGCGGAGCAGCAGGUAGAGCGAGCCCUCCGUCCCCCGCCGCCGCUCGCGCUGCUGAAGAGGAGCAUGCACUGUGUGAUCUUAUGCGCGUGAGAGAGAGAGUGAGAGAGCGAGCUCGGGUGAACUUGGAGGAGUGAGAGAGUGAGGAAAACCAGGGGUGAGCGGGAGAAUGGCCUCGAAGGAGCGGCUGUACGAGCUGUGGAUGUUAUACUACACCAAGAAAGAUGUGGGCUACCUGCAGCAGUGGCUGGAGGCGUUCGUGGCGACCUUCGAGAAAAUCAUUGACGUGCAGUCUCUGGAGCCGCGCCGUCUGGAGGAGUAUAAUGCAGAGGUUCCCCUGCUGCCCCGGGACGUCUUGGUGUUCCUCAGCACUCAGCUCUGGCACAGUGUUCUCCAUCUCUCCGGUCAAAACCAGAACAACACAGCACCGCACCCUCUGCUGCUCAUCAAGUUCUUCAUCAUCAUUUGCAGGAACUUGGAGAACAUUGACCCUGAGAAAACCCCUGGCUUUAUCCUGGAGACCAUCAAGUUAUUAAACUUCUGUCUGAAUCAGUUAAAGAAGCAGCCGGAGGAGCAGAGCUCUCUGCAGUGUGUGAUCCAACAUGGUCUGCUGCUGUGUGAAAAUCUGUUCGACCCCUAUCAGACGUGGAGGCGGCGGCAGGCAGGUGAGGAGGUCAGCAUGCUGGAAAGAAGCAAAUAUAAGUUCUCCCCUCUCAGCCUGCCAGAGGAGCUGCCUGCGUUCUUUCACGAUAGCCUGCGGGAGAGUGAGCUGAUUUCCGAGCCGCUGCUGCUAAGGUUGCUGCAUCUUCAGGGUGCUGUCAUCAGCGGCUGCAAGAAGAAUGGCCUGCUCUGCAUCACGCCCAAUGCUGUGGAGGACCUGAUGUGUGUCCUGCGCUCCUGGUGCCUCCGCCCCUCCCCGCAGACCCCCCGGGACCCCCUGGUGUUGCGGCAGGCGCUGCGCUGCCUCACAGCGAUGAUCCACCUGCUGCAUGGGAGCAGCCCUGCGGAGAGGCAGCUGGAGAUCCGCAGCGUCCUGAGCAGCUACUUCCAACUGCUGAACUGGAGCAGACCGCCGGACAGCGGGCAGGGGGACGGGUCGGCCUGGGAGGACAGCAUCAUCCUCCUGCAGACGCACAUGCUCAAUGCUAUCCCAGAGAUCCUGCAGUGUUCAGACCGGCCGGUUCUGCAGGCCGUGUUCCUCAACAACAACUGCUUUGAGCACAUCCUGAGACUCAUCCAGAACAGCAAGCUCUAUCAGAGCAGCAGGUGUAGGGCAGAGUGUGAUCUUACCACGCGUUUGCUAACAGAAGCUGAAGUGGAGCAGGUCUGGGAAAAAGGUUCUGACUGUAUUACAGUGCACGCCAUUGGAGUACUCACUGCUAUCAUGAGCAAUUCACCUUCUGCUAAGGAGGUGUUUAAGGAGCGGAUUGGUUACUCGCAGCUGUUUGAUGUGCUGAAGAGUCAGGGUCAGCCCACCAAGAGACUCCUGCAGGAGCUGAUGAACAUGGCAGUAGAGGACGAUCACGCUCAGUCUCCUCAGUGUGGGAUCAGUAAUGAUCAGCCGUUGCUGCUGCUGCUGCAGUGGCUGCCGGAGCUGUCCUCCCGCUCUCUGCAGCAGCUGGUCUCCCAGUGGCUGGCGGCCGUGUGCCGGGUCAGCCUGUCCAGCCGCACCGUGGCGGUGGAGGCCGGCAUGGUGCGCCACCUUCUGGACGCGCUGUCGGAGCCGCCGGAUCGCCUGGACCGCCAGUGUGCGGACGCCCUGCUCGGCCUGCUGCAGGACCUGGGCUCUCUGUCCCUGCGGCCCGCGGAGUUAAAGAGCCUGCUCAAACUUCUAAGAAUGGAGCCCGGGGCCCCACCGCACCCCUACACCGCCCGCACCAUCCGGGUGCUGUCUGCCAUGGCCGCCAGAGGGCCGUACCGCGGGGAAAGAGGCAGCAGUGCCCUGCAGUAUUUCGAUCUCACGCCCCCCAUGGCGGGCAUCAUGGUGCCCUCCAUACAGCGCUGGCCGGGCAGUGGCUUUGCCUUCCAUGCCUGGCUGUGCCUCAACACCGAGUUCCCGCCUCCACAGCAACAGCACCACUCAGAGUCCCGCGUCACAGCCCCCGACAGCAUGCUCCGCAUGGCCAAGGGUCCACGCCGCAAACAGCUGUACAGCUUCUUCACUGCGAGUGGAACGGGCUUCGAGGCGUUCUUCACCCCUGAGGGAGUGCUGGUUGUGGCCGUCUGCACCAAAAAAGAGUACAUGGCUGUCUCCCUGCCUGAAACCCCCCUCAACGACUGUGCCUGGCACUCUGUAGCUAUAGUGCACAUCCCGGGCCGCAGGCCGUUUGGACAGAAUCUGGUGACUAUCUAUGUGGACGGGGCCCAGUGUAAGAUGGCACAGCUGCGUUUCCCCUCCCUCAACGAGCCUUUUACCUCCUGCUGCAUUGGUUCGGCAGGUCACCGGACCACCACCACCACCACUACCCCCUCCCCCACACUGCCCCCGCCACUGCACUCCCCUGACCUGACCUUCUCUAUGGCAGCCGGACCCCCAAUGCUCACCCGCUCACAGUCCUUCCCAGCAUCCUUUGCGGCGGGGGUGUGGGGGUCUGGCAGAGAGGUCCCAGUGCACACCAUCCCCGCGGGGCUGCAGGACACAGAGUGGGGUUCUCCCUCGUCACUGGAUGGCCUGCUGGCCACCGCAUUCAUCUGCCACGAGGCACUGCAGCCUGCGCAGACCCGUGCACUCUACAUGGCAGGUCCAAACAACGUCUCGCUGUUUAAAUCGGAUGGAGAGCUGUCGGAGCUGUGCAAUAAACUGCUGCUGUACUACACCCCUCAGGCUUUUAAAAACCAAAUCUGUCUGGAUCUGUCUCCCAACCACCUGUACAACGGCAGACUGACUGGCCACAGAGUCGUCAACUGGGAUGUCAAGGAUGUUCUGAACUCUGUGGGUGGGAUAGGGGCACUGCUCCCCCUUCUAGAGCAGGUGUGUGGGGUGGAGCAGAGUGAAGCUGGAGUUCAGGAGACCUCAGACCUGUUGGGACCUGAGCUCACCUCCUCCAGAGGAGCCACCGGCAUGCUGCUGCCACUGGGCAAGUCGUCUGAGAGUCGUUUAGAGAGGAACAGUGUGGCUGCUUUCCUGCUGAUGGUCAGGAACAUGCUGAGGAACCAUCCAGUCAAUCAGGAGAGUCUCCUUCACUGCCACGGACCUGCCAUCAUGGGAGCCAUGCUCUGCAAGGUGCCCAGCUCUAGGAUGGAUAUGAGUGUGUUGAUGGCGUGCCAGCUGUUGUUGGAGCAGGUGGGCAGUGAGGGGAACAGUGCAUUACUGUCUCAGCUCUAUCAGCACCUGCUCUUCGACUUCCGCAUCUGGAGCCACUGCCACUUUGCCGUCUGCCUCGGGCAUGUACAGUAUCUGUCCUCAGUGUUGAAGGAGGGUAAGCUGAGAACGCGCAGAAAGUACGGGGUUCAGUACAUCCUGGACUCCAUUCGCUCACACUACAGUGUGGAGAGGGACGGCAGUGCUCUGUCGGAUGAGAAGCAGACGGUGCAGAUGUCUCUCUUUACUCUACUGAAGGAUUUCCUGCUGAAAUCUCCCACUAAUGAGGAGCUACACAGUGUGCUGGCUUACACUGCUGUAGUGACCGACCAGAUACAGGCUCUCAGUGUUCUGGAGGUGGUAUACACUGUACUGAGGAGUUACCCCCAUGCUCUGACGGUGCUGGUGGAGUGGGGGGCGGAGCAACUGUACUGCCUGCUGCUCAAACCCAGCUUCGGAGACGAGGCCCGAGAGAAAGUGUUCAGAAUUCUGUAUAAAGUUCUGAAGAGUCAGCAGGUUCCAGAGCGGAACAAGCAGCGGGUGAAGCUCAGAGAGUCCAGCUACCUGGGCCUCGUCUGUUUCCUGGAGGAAAUCCCCGUCACCAUGACGAUCAUCCGCUGCCUGAGCGAGCAGGUGCUGGCCACAGAUUCUGCUCCUAACUUCAGGGACUUGUUGACGGUGGUUUAUCUGUCCCAUCGAGCCGAUCUGUCCACCCGGCUGGACAUUUGCCGCAAGCUGUUCUACCUGAUCUACAGCAAUGAGGACUGCGUGAGGCAGCUGGCACGGCAGCCAGGCUGGCAGGACAUUCUCACCAAACUCUACGUCAAAGAGUCGUACGAGUCCCGUGCCGUCAGCGAGCCCGGCACCAACCACCAGACGUCUGUAGAACCCCUCCCGUCCAGACCCAUCCUGCGGCGAGACGACAGCGUGGUGGAGGAACCCAGGAACAACAUGUUCAUCCCUUACAACUCCCACCACGAGGAAGACGAGGAAGAGGAGGAGGAGGUGGAACCUACUCCAGACGUCUCUGAGGCCUACUCUGAGGGCUUCUCUGACCUGUCCCAGUCUCCGCCCCCUGGUGGUCAGCUGAAGAACUUCAGUGACUCCCUCAACUUCAAGUCAUUCGACUCGAUGGAUCGGGGCAGCCGCUCGUCCUCCCUGUCCAACACCGUGGACAUCCCGUCCUCCUCUCGGCUGCUGGAGGAAGAAGAGGGUCUGUAUCAGCCGCUCUCUCCCUUCGGCACCUCGCCCUUCGAGCUGGACCUGAGCGGCCAAAAGGGUCCUCAGACGUCCCUGAACUGCCAGCCAGAAACUCCGUCACCACUGGAGCACAGCAAGGCUUUCCCCGGCCUCAGACCCAGAAAGAGCUCCAGCCUGUCCAACGUUCUCGACGAAACCAGCUACAACACAGAGCCUCCAACUUCAGACACCAUCUCCAACAACUCCAAUCCACAGCAGGCUCCAGAGGAGGAGUUGUGUAACCUGUUGACGAACAUUGUGUUCAGAGUGUUGUGGAGUGGUGCUGAUGGCUGUGAGGAUGCAGUGUGGAGAGAGAGAGGCCAGGUUUUCUCAGUUCUAACCAAACUCGGCUCCUCCUGCCAGCUUGUGCGACCACCUGAUGAUAUCAAGCGCAGCAUUUUGGAGAUGAUGUUGGAGUCGUCUCUGUCCGAUCUACGGGAUUCUCAGGGAUCAACUCUGUCCCAUAUACCAUCUUUGCUCCGCCUCCUCAGACUGUUGCAGGACUUCCUAUUCGCUGAGGGAACAGACAAUCAAACCCUCUGGAGUGAAAAGAUAUUUGAGGGUGUUGUGAAUCUCCUGGAUCGGCUGCAGGCGUGGCACACCACCUCUACCACAGCUGGAGGAGCUGAACUAAAGGAAAUGGCUCAGAUCGGCCUGAGAAUAAUCACCAGAUACAUCCAGCAACAGAACUCACAGGUGUGUGUGAUGGCGUGUGUAAAGCUGCACACUCUGCUCCAGACGGUGUUGUGUCUGUCGUGGGAGGAGGUGUGUUUUCUGCUGGGGCGGCUGGGGGAGGCUCUGUGGCCUGCGGGGGGCGCUGGUGAGAGGGUGAACUCGGGCAGGGAGGCCCUCCUGGAGCCGCUGGUGCCGGUGGUUCGGACGCUGCUCGACCAACACGCCGACCCGACCAAACUCCAGCAGCUGCUGCCCAGCCUGCCCCGCACCAAUGGCAGCCCCACCUUCGCUCAGGACCUGCACAGGUACUGCAGCACCGCAGAGUGGCAGCUGUUCUACCACAACCACGUGGGACCCACUAUGCAGCAGUAUGAGCUGGAUACGUUUGGAAAAAGCCACGACUUGAUGUCCAACUUCUGGAACUCAUGUUUUGAUGCGCUGAUGAGCACCGGCCAGAAGAGGGACAAAGACAGAGCGGACUGCAGGGCCAAGUUUCAGGAGCUGAUCGUAGACCCGUUCCUGAAGCGGGUGCGCAGUGAGAACAGUCGGUACGGGAGUGUGCAAAAGCUGAGUAACGGCCAGCAGGGGGUGGUGUGGAAACACUGGAAGUCUCAGCGCCGGAUGCUGACCAGUCAUAGAGGAGCCUGGGCCAACAGGGAACAGCCGGAGGUGAAGUGGAAGCUGUCGAACGCAGAGACGUACUCCAAAAUGCGACUGAAGCUUGUGCCAAACUACAAUUUCAGCCCCCACAGCGAGGCCAGUGCCCUGCGGGAUAACAUGGGAGCUGAGAGCCCCCGGAGCUCAGAGCCUCUCCCGUUGGCUGUUGCUAAGGAAGCUAAAGUCAGUGACAUGCAGGAUGACCACCUAGAGGAGGAGGACAUCAUGUACAUUGACAGCCAGGGGGAGGAGGCGGAGGAGGAGAGUCAGAAGGAGAAGCUGGUUCUGUCGGAGGACUGUGAGCUCAUCACUAUAGUGGCGGUGGUGUCGGGUCGGCUGGAGGUCACAACUCACCACAUCUACUUCUACGACGGCAGCAGCGAGAAGGAGGAGACUGAGGAGGGUAUAGGUUUUGAUUUUAAGCGCCCGCUGUCCCAGCUGAGAGAGGUCCACCUGAGACGCUACAACCUGCGGCGCUCCGCCCUCGAGCUCUUCUUCAUCGACCAGGCGCACUACUUCAUCAACUUCAGGAAGAAGGUGCGGAACAAGGUCUAUUCCAGGAUUCUGGGACUGCGGCCGCCGAACCUGUUUUAUUUUGGUUCCCGUUCCCCUCAGGAGCUCCUUAAAGCUUCCAACCUCACUCAGAAAUGGGUGUGCAGAGAGAUUUCAAACUUUGAGUAUCUGAUGCAGCUCAACACCAUCGCCGGCCGCACCUACAACGACCUGUCCCAGUACCCUGUGUUCCCCUGGGUGCUGUGUGAUUACACCUCCUCUGUACUGGACCUGGAAGACCCAGCUGUGUUCAGAGAUUUGUCCAAACCCAUUGGAGUGGUAAACCCUCGUCAUGCCCAGAACGUCAGAGAGAAGUAUGAAAGCUUUGAAGACCCCACAGGCACAGUUGAUAAGUUCCACUACGGCACACACUACUCUAACGCAGCGGGGGUCAUGCACUACAUGAUCCGCAUGGAGCCCUUCACCACCCUGCACAUACAGCUGCAGAGCGGCAAGUUUGACUGUGCAGACCGGCAGUUCCACUCAGUAGCUGCAGCCUGGCAGGCUCGUAUGGAGAGUCCGGCUGAUGUUAAGGAGCUCAUUCCCGAAUUCUUCUACUUCCCAGAAUUCCUGGACAACAUGAAUGGGUUUAACCUGGGCUGUCUGCAGGUGAAUCAGGAACAGGUGAAUAACGUGGUUCUGCCGCGCUGGGCCUCGUCUCGAGAAGAUUUCAUCAGAAAACACCGCAAAGCUCUGGAGAGCGAGCAUGUGUCUGCACACUUACACGAGUGGAUAGACCUCAUAUUCGGUUACAAACAGCGCGGACCUGAGGCAGUGGAGGCUCUCAACGUCUUCUACUACUGCACUUACGAAGGUGCUGUGGAUCUGGAUGCUAUAGCCAAUGAGACGGAGCGGAAAGCUUUGGAAGGCAUCAUCAGCAACUUUGGACAGACCCCCUGCCAGCUCCUCAAGGAGGCCCAUCCACCCCGCAUGUCUGCAGAGAAUGCAUCCCGACGGCAGUCCCGGAUCGACACUUUACCACCAAACCUCUUCGAGCAGCUGGACAAACUGCGGCCGUUUGUGGAGGUGGUGAGUGAUGGUGUUCCUCUAGUUCAGGCUGUGGUACCCAGGAACCAAACACGGAGCUUCAUCAUCCAGGGCUCGGACGUACUGGUGAGUGUAAGUGCUAACGGACAGAUCGGAACACACAGCUGGCUCCCCUACGACAAAAACAUCGCCAACUACUUCACCUUCUCGAAGGACCCCACCAUGAGCAACCCAAAGACCCAGCGGUUCCUGAGUGGUCCAUUCUCCCCAGGAGUUGAGAUUGGAGCCCAGGUGCUGGUGGUCUCCAGUGACGGCCGGCUGCUGUUCAGCGGGGGACACUGGGACUGCAGCCUGCGCGUCACCAUGCUGGGGAAGGGCAAGAUGGUGGGCAGGAUCUGCAGACACAUCGAUGUGGUCACUUGUCUGUCUUUGGAUUUGUGUGGAAUCUACCUCAUUUCUGGCUCUCGAGACACCACCUGCAUGGUGUGGCAGGUCCUUCAGCAGGGUGGUUUCUCCAGCGGUCUGUCUCCUCGGCCAGUGCAGGUGUUGUGUGGUCAUGAUCAGGAGGUCACUUGUGUCUCUAUCAGCACUGAGUUAGAUAUGGCUGUUUCAGGUUCAAAGGACGGUACAGUGAUCAUGCACAGCGUGCGGCGGGGACAGUACCUGCGGACGCUGCGUCCCCCCUGUGAGAGUUUUUACUCUGCCCGUGUUGCCCAGCUGCAGGUGGGCAUGGAGGGGCACAUGGUUGCUCAGACUGUUAUGGAGGGGCGCACGGCUGGGAAGGAGAGAUAUGCGUUGUAUGUAUACUCUGUUAACGGCACGCUGCUGGCGUCUGUGGUUCUGGAGGAGCCGGUGUCUGCGCUGUACCUUGUGUCUGAUUACCUCGUACUGGGCACACUACAGGGCAACCUGCACAUCCGGGACCUGUUCAGUCUAGAGCAGGCAGCGAAGCCCCUGGCGCUGAAGGUGCCCAUCCGCAGCGUAUCCGUCACUAAGGAGAGCAGUCACAUCCUGGUGGGGCUGGAGGACGGGAAGCUGAUUGUGGUGGGAGCAGGAAAACCAGAGGAGGUCCGUUCGGGUCAGUUCUCCCGUCGGCUGUGGGGCUCCACUCGCAGGAUCUCUCAGGUCUCCUCUGGAGAGACGGAGUACAACCCAGCCGAGCAUGCUGGAAAAUGAGCCUCACACACUGUGCCUUCACCAACACACUCCUGAGACGACUACCUUCGUCUCUCUCUCUCUCUCUCUCUCUCUCUCUCUCUCUCUCUUUCUCACACACACACACACACACACACACACUCUUUCAUUCCCUCGAGGCCGAGUCGUCCAAAGCUGCACUUUUUUCCUCUUUGUUGUUUUAAAGGGAACUGAACUCUAAGACGAUUUCAUUCCAAAGACGCUGGAGAGUUGGAGGCGGGACACACUCUUUGAUGUGGGAGUGUGUGUAUGUGUGUGUCUGUGUGUGAGGUGGGGGUGUAACACACACUCCACUACGACUCGGAGUCAGGACUUCUAUAGCACUUCUGAAAAGACACACACACACACACACACACAUGUACAUACAUACGUAUGCUGAACAUGUCUACGGGAACUGCCUGCGCUGCCGUCUCGCUCUGGAAUUGUCUAAAACUUGAAGACUUUUUUUUUUUCUUUAAACAAAGAUAUUUUAACUGUAAUGUGAUUGUGUCUGUGUGAGAGUGUGUGUGUGUGUGUAUGCUGUGGAAAAUGACAUGUUUGUGAGUGAAAUCAUCUUUAAUUUAGUCUAAAUAUUAAAUAUUUCCCUCUGUUAAGGCCCUUUCACACAUUCACACAGAGCCUGGUCUGUUUUUUUGUGUUGCCUGAUGUUUUAAAAUCAGACCGACCAAUCUGAGCUCAUGAGCCUGAAGUCCUUACUAAUGAACUACAGCCAGAGAAGCUCUAGAGAGGCCAUUUAAGAAUCUCUUUUAGGGUUGUUAGACCACCAGAGGGCGCUCCCGAGUGAGUCCAAAUUCCAAAGAGUUUAUAAAUGUUUAUAAAUGUUUUCCUCAACUCAUAGAAAUAUCAGAUGUUUCAACACAGCAGACAUAAUAUUUAAAGCUUUUAAACUCCAUCAGCUCACCAAAUAAGUCAGGACACAUUAGCAGUAAUGCUGCAUCUUCCCUGCCUAAUUUUUUUUUCCUUUUGCUUUUUUAGUGAAAUUAAAGGUAGGUUAGACACUAUGGGCCCUAUUGUGCACCCUAAGUAAGGCGCGUCACAAUGCUCUUUGCUAUCUUACACCACGUCAUUAGUCUUUUUUUACACCUUGCGACCGUGGCGUUAAAAUUAUGUCAGAGUUUAGGAGCUACACUGAUGGGCGUGGUGGUCUGGAAAUAAGGUGUUUUCAGUUAAAUUUCUGGAGUGUUUCUGUCUUGGCAGCAGAAAACAAAGGUGCACCACUUACUGAUUUAAACCCUGACAACAGUCAGUAGUCACCCAUCCAUACCUAUCAUAGCUACACAGGUGAGCCGGGCACAAGGCAUGUGCUCAACGUGGGUACACACCCACUUCUUACACACAUCGACCCUCUGCAGCGUACAAAAUUAGCUUUUACUUCAACAAUAAACAGAGUAAAAUACCAUUGUUGUUCCUGUAAAUUACCUGCUGGUGCACCUACACAGCGUGAACACACGUCAGUAUCCUCAACUAAGACCUGCAAAGUGUCGCUCUGUUAAGAUAUUGAUGUGCCAAAGUCAGAGUGUACCCGGCUCUUAAAGGGAAAAGCAAGUGAAACGCUGAUUGUUUUAUUUCACGUAAUGCAAGGCAUAUUUUUGGUUUUCAACAACUUUUUAACAGGGGUUUUAGAUGUAGAUCUUGGUUGUCUGUCUGUUUUGCAUUGCAUUGUGGGAUAAUAGUGUCCAUAGUAACCACACUCAAAAACUGACUGAUUCUGUUUAUUAUUCCUGGAUAAUUGAGUAUAAUCAGCUUUAAAAGUUUUAUCUAAACUGCAUAUUUCAUACUCAAAAACUGGUUAGUAUUAAUAAAUAGAACAUAAUUGGGACACAUUGUUGGGGCAGAGCUUUACAUAGUACUUCAUGGUUUAGUUUGUUGUUAAUUACAGAGUUUAUCUGUUUAUUUUUUUCUGAUAUAAUAAGAUAAUUACGGGUUUCCGUUUCCUUUUGAUCGAAUGCUUUAGUUUGUUACAAUUGUUUCAAUUAUGAGCUGUUGCUUAUUUCAGCGUUUUGUAGGCCAGAAGACCAGAUUGGCCCACAAACUUCAACACUGUAGAAAAAUUAUGUAAAAUUCAAACAAACAUCUUGCUAGAAACUGCAAAAAUUGAAUAUAUAUAUAUAGACUGAAUUUGAGAUGAUUUUGCUUGCAGGAAUGUUUUUUGUUAGUGUGUGAUUGGGUAAAAUGUGUAUGUGUGUGUAUUUGUGUUUUUUGUUUAAAUGCUAAUGCUAAUGUAAAGCAAUAAUGAGUGCUCUGGUCUGAUCAGAGCUUUAGUCUGUUCACUGUUGCUGGAUGUUUUAUUGUUUUUAAGCUGUUAUUUGUGCUUUUAAGGGUCGAUUUGCGUUCAGCCGUUCUGUCCGUGCCUUAAUCUGAGUACAGAGCAGCCGGGGGUUCAGACUGAACCACACUGUUACACUGCUGUAUGUCUGAUGAUCACAUAUGCUUAAGUGGAUUUUUAGAGGAUCUGGCAUGUGUGUGUAUAUAUACCGAGCACUGGGAAUAAUUGAUAAAGGAUUUUUGUAUCUAUUAUGUCUAAGUGCCUUUAGACUCCACCCUUUUUACUCACUUAUUCUUGUGUUUUUUUAAUACUGUAUGGAAAGGCUCUCUUUUUCCUGUCUUUAAACUUCCCUCAGUUUAAUAGCGACGGUUAUAAUGGAAAUCAGUGGGUGGAUGGAGCAUCUGCCAAUUGAGUGUGGUGUCACUGAGUGCAUUUACACAUCACUGCAAAAAAAAGAUCUUGCUAAAAUUUUAGCAAGUUAAAUCCUUCUAAAUCUACUUUAAAUGUCUGACACUUCUCAUUUUUGUAUUUUAGAAUUUUCAAUUCUAUAAGAGUUUUCAACUUUUUCUAAAUGAUAUAUUUCCUUGUUUUAAGUAGUUUAAUCAGCUGACAUCUACUGACAUAUAUAACUAAGUUCAGUUAUUUCCUGAAUUAAGCAAAAUGAUCUGCCAAAACAAUGAACUGCUUAAAACAACAAAGUUAGAAAUUAGUUAUUAAUUUGUAAAAUAUUACUUUAACAAUCUCAGAAAUAAGAAAUUUAGGAGGAUUUUACUUGCUAAGAUAUCAUUUUUCAAAUCCGAUUGUAGUCAGAUUACUGCAGUUUAUUAUCAGAUUACUCUUGUAGUCAUGUAAACAGCAUACUCUACCUUAGAUCAUACUCUUUCUUAGAGUUUAAUAAAGAAAUGCAAUAAAAACAAACUGUUUUUAUUGUAAUAGCUCAGUAAUUUGAUUUCUUCAGUGCAUGUAAACUUUAAACUGGAGUAUUCUGGGAUUUUUGCAUGAGUGAAAAUUAUCGAGCUGUGUUUAACGCCAGUUGGCGUCCAAACACCCAAAACUAAAGGAUUUAAAUAAUCUUCAUUUUAAAGCUGAUGUGGUUUCAAAGCAGAAAUCUGAUAAUAUCCUGACUUGUGUAAACUCUAGGAGAGUUUUCCUAUUAUCUGAUUCAUUUAAGUUCAGGUUCGGGUUUAUUAACGAACUUUGCAGGAUGUUCUGCAGUAAAUUGUGAACUGGAUUAUGAAGUGCAUGUAAACGUGCUCAGUGUGUUUGUUUUUUGUUUAUGUUCAGAUAGACAUUGGGACACAAAACUCUGAAGUGUUCGUCCUUAAACUCUGUAAAGUGCCUCAAACUACUGUAUCCUGUGUGUGUGUGUGUGUGUGUGUGUGUGUACUGUUCACGCAGCUGCUUUAAGCCGGCUCAUAUGAAUGUGUGUUUUGGCGUGAGGCAGAAUGCUAACAAUGCUAAGCGGUCUGCACUGGAAUUUUUUUUCCUCUUUCCUUGAAGCACUGAAUGCUUUGAAGCGUGUGUAUGUGUGUGUGUGUGUGUGUGUGUCUGUGGAACAUAUGGGUAUGCAGCCUCUCUGGGUUGGAGCUACGCUAACAUCCUGCCUGGCUGCAGCGAAUAGCCGCUAAUCUGCAGCCUUUCCUGCCUCUCUUUCUGAUGUGUGCAAACGGCUUCAAAAUGCUGAAUACAGAUUUUUUGCACAAUUACACAUACACACACUUUUAUACACACACGCUAAUCGUGCACACAUGCACACUAGCCCAGAAGAAUGUCAGUUGCAGUUCGGUUUGUGCUGAAAUUCAAUUCUUAAAGGAACAGUUUGAUUAAGGGUCAUAAAGUGUCAUGAUUGGAUCACGGAUUCCAGAUUUAGUCGAUAAUCUGAGGCAUGUUUGGUACCUGAUGUGUGCUUCUUUAAUUGAUAACGAGAGAUGCUAGUUUAUUAAGUUUAACAAUCACUGAUUCUGAUUUAGCAUUUAAGAUUUCUCCACUAAUCAUAUGUUUGUUACACACUUGCACAGAUUUUUUUUUUUUAUUAUUGAGGCACUGCCACUGUGAUUGGAGAAUCAAAAGUUCAAAUCCAAGUCAUGCUGCUUUCCAUCAGCAGCCGGAGUCCGAGAGAACAUAGUCGGUCGUGCUCUCUCUGGGUGGGUACAGUAGGUGGCGCCGUGAUGCUGCAUUGCCAGUGGCAGUUGUAAAAGAGGUGGUGUCUGACUUCACAUGUAUCGGAGGAGGCAUGUGCUGGUAUUCACCUUCCUAGUUUUGGGGGAUUCCCUGGUGAUUAGAGUCCUAAUGUGUUGGUCUUCUUAAUAGGGAAGAAAAUUGGAUUAAAUGAAUGAACGAUUGAUUUUCCCACCAAGCAGUUUUUUGGUUAGUAGAACGUUUUUUAUUAACAUUCUUAGAACGUUCAAUCUGUCAAGUUGUCUGGAUGUUCUUAAUACGUUUUUUUAAUUACAGUUAACAUGCUGGUAUUGUCGCUCCAGGGUCACUUUGUGUCUAUGUUUGAAUUUUUAUUUUUGAGAAUGUUACUUUUAACAUUUACAUUAUGUUAGUUUUUUGUAUAGCUUUGAAAGUUAUGUGACAAACAUUAUAAUAUUGUUGUGAUGCGAACCAUUAUUAUGUACAUAAUAUAUAGAGUAUGUGUGAAACAUUAUUUCUGUAACAUUACAGACUAACCUUCCUGGAAACUUUCCAAAAUGUUUCUAAAUGUUCUUCUAACGUUCUCUGUUAGCUGAGUUAGUGUUUUAUCAGAGUGCGCAGAGUGAUACCACAUACUGUGCUGAGGAUAAAGUAGAUCCGGUUUCUCCUGUGCUCAGCUAAAAUGUUCUGUUAAGAUACUGCUAUAUCUUUCUCAUAGAAAUUCCCCAAUUAUCGUUAUUUAAGUGUAAUCAAAUCUUAGUCAAAAAUCAUAAUUCUCAAUUUUGUACAGUUUUAGACAACAUUAGUUAGUAGUUGCUUAAAAUAUGGAAUGUUACUAAAUCAGUUAAUACAGAUGGGCUUAUUUUCGAAUAAAAAAUGCUAUUAAUAAACACAAAAGAUUGACUUUAAAUUGAACGUUCAGUAAGAGGAACAGUGCUGCUUUUGAUUCAGAACCUUACAUUAGCCUUAUAUGAGCUUAAGUUUAAGCCGUAUAUAAAUUUCCUAUUUUUUUUUUAAGAGAAUCAUAUUCCAAAUGAUUUAAUGUUUAAUCAUCCCAGCAUCAGUAUAUACAUAUUUAUUUGGAUUGAUAAAGGUAUAUAUAGACAUAUAGUCCCUAUAGUCCCUACUUUUAGUCAGUAAACGUGUAGCUAACUAGCUACGUUUCCAGCACAGCUCAUUAUGAGAAAUGUUUGGGUUGAUUUUUCUUUUUUUUAUUUAUUUAACUACAUGCGUUUGACCAGCUUUUAGACAAAGGCCUGCUGUGUUAUCUUUAAAGAAGCUAGCUAAUGUUAGCCAGAUUUUUAAAACUUUUAGUAAAUGUUAUUAAAAAUUGCUGAGCUAGCUUGCUAAUAGUAUAUUAGCUCACUACUAUUUAGCUAAAUAACAAGUUAGCAUUCUUCCCCGAGUAUUCCUUUUCCAUUUUCAAGGUUAAAUGGAAAACUUUGGGAAAAUGCUAACUUGUUAUGUAGCUAAAUACAAGUGAGCUGACAUAAAAUUGCUAAAACAAAAAUGAGGGGAAAGAGACAUCUUGUUUAGCUAGCUAGUUUAGCAGGCUUUAGUAACAUUUAGUACAUGUUUCUUCACUAAGCUUCUACAGCACACCGUGAAUCUGCUUUGUUUAAAGAUGCACAUUUUAGUGGGUGUGUUUACAGAGAUCAGAGAUUAGUUACAGUGUAAAUACAGUGUUAGUGAGCAACAUUAGCCUACCAUCUCCUGUUGUAAACUAAAGAAGCGCGUACCUCAGACAGCAAACAUGCCAUUUCUGAUCGACUAAAUCUGGGAUCAGUGAUCAAUCACUGGUCAAUCACAAUUCUGAUUUCAGCUGAACUGCCCCUUUAACCACAACACAAACAAAGCCAUAAUAAAAGUCCUUUUUGAGAGUCGCCUUUUUGAGAGUUCAGCGGUGGUGAACCCUGCUGGACAGAGUGAACGAGUGGAUUAGUUUAGGAGACCCUGCCUCACUUCACUUCAGAGUGAACAGGGUGUGAACUGAUGAUAAACUGUGCUGUAUAGCUGAGCGAUAUGCAUAAAACUCCAUAUUGUGAUUGUACUGCUGUAUAUUGCCACUGUAAUAUUUUAAUGCCUCGCAAUAAUGUAUAACACUGAUGUUAAAGGGUUAGAGGGUCCAUAUCAGUGGAUAAACACACUUUCCUCACUUUGUUUUUGGAAAUAAAAGUUUGAUUGAAUAUGUAAA